AUUUCUAAGAAGGGGGGAAAUUUUUCGUAGAGGGUCUGAUAGAAUACAUCAAACGCUUCCCUUGUUUGACACUGGUUCCUGAUUCUGGAAUCGAUUUCCAAAUCCGUUUUUUUUUUUGGUGAAGCUAUUUUACUGGCUGAAUCUCCUCGAGUGGUCGUUCACGCGACGUUGCCAUCCUUCAUGGACACCGAAAUGGAUUCUCCCGCGCAUGAUAUUGGCGAUAGUAGAACUGCGUUUCGUAAGCCUUCGAACGAUUCAGCUAACAGGAAGUAUCGUCGCCGUUCUCAAGUUAAUGAUGGGUCCACUUCAUCUGAUGGAAGCCCUGAGUGGUAUCGGAACUCUAGCCCGAACCAUUCUAGGGGAGAUGUUAGAAAAGUGUCUGAGCCAAAUAAUGCAAGGAAAGAUGAUAGGAGAGAGUCAGACAGGGAUUAUGGCCGUACUCGUCAUGGUAGAGGCGAUGACUCAUAUAGACAUGACAGGUACUCUAAGCAUGAGGAUAACAAACAUGAGAAGGAUGCAGAUGAAAACAGUAGAAAGUAUCGAUCAUCACCUUCUCGCUCCAGCCGUGAUUCGAGGGGUGGCCAUCACUCUGAUCGUAGAAGAGUAGAACCUGAACAUAGCAGGUCAAGAAGUGAUUCGGAUCGCCAUUCUCGAGACAAGUAUAGCAGCUCUGGACAUAGAAGCAAGGAUCUCGAGAAAGGUGAAGAGCAAUCAUCCAAUAGGGCAGGAUCUGGUAGGAAACAUGCAGACUCAAGAUCCUCAGAGAAAGAGAAGGAUUAUGCAGGGAGCAGAGAUCGUUUGAACGAGAAAAGAGAUUACCUUCGGAGUUCCAGUGAUCGCCAAUUCCGUGAUGACAAAAGAAAAUAUGAGGACUCUGACAUGAACAAGGAGAAGGACACUCGUUUCAAAAGUCCAAGAGAUCGCUUUGAAGAUAAAAGUGGUUUUGCAAGUGAGAAAUUAGAUACGCAGUCUAAGAAACUGAAGGGUUUUUGUUCUGAAAAGUUUGCUGAUGGAAAGUCUGACGCUGAAGAAAAACUGCUGCCAAGCUCAAAGCCAGCUAUAGUUGUUUGUGAGAAGAAAUCGACCGGGCAAUCAUCUUCUAAAGAACCUGGACUUUCUGGUGACAUAGAUGCUGCUAAAGUUGCCGCGAUGAAAGCUGCUGAAAUGGUGAAUAAAAACCUUGUUGGGACGGGUUACCUAACCACAGAUCAAAAGAAGAAGCUGUUGUGGGGAAAUAAGAAAAGCGAGGCUGCAGAAGAGACUGCGCAUCGUUGGGAUUCUGCACUAAUCGGUGAUCGAGAACGGCAAGAGAAGUUCAACAAGCUAAUGAGCCUGAGGUUGCCUUGGUACAUAUGGCCAAUUGUAGGGUGUGAAGGGCAACACAAAAACAGAGGAGGACCCGAACGAGCACGGAGUCCGUGCAGAGAAGCAGAAGGAAAUGCAGAUGGAUCUGGAGAAGCAGUACACAGCUGGACUUCGCCGAAGAGAUGGACGUACUGUCGGAUUAGGUCUUUGAUCCUUAAACCACUCUCCUCUUGUUUUUUACGUAACGGGUUUUUCGCUAAGCCCUUAAUUACCAUAACUCUACACUCGAUGCGUGUAACAAGUAACCAACCGUGGUUUGAGAAACUCAGUUUGCCAUUUAUCUCGGUAUGAUAUUCACGGUAUGUUUUUUCGUGUCGAUGAUUUUGUGCUU